ACCUCUUAUGUGUAGUGUUAUGUUGGAGUGAAUCCUGCUUGACCAAAGUAUUUGUACGAACCGUAACUACUCGCGUUAUUAUCAUCCCAUCUGUGUCGUCCAUCAAACUCGUGAUCAUCAGGGUUCUUCACACUGCAGUCAACUCAAGGGUGAAACAUCACUGAUCACUUAUCAACCCAGAAAACCCAGUUGUCUGCUGUGAAACCGAACCAGAGUCAUUUGUAAACCUUGUUGUGAGGUUCCUUUCAGAGCCGCAGCUAAGGAAUAUUACGUUUCAUGUUUGCUUCGUCACUCUCAAAAGUUGGUCCUGGGUGACACUUGUUGCUGCGUGGACGACACGCCCACUAACCUCAGAGCCACGGCGGGUGACUCAGGCCUCGCGUGAAACACCUCGACUCGAGUUUUUCCAUCAACUUUUACCUGUCAACGAGCGCAUUUUAUUUACAAGGUAGUUUACCAUUAGCUUGCAUUAUUCCAGUCAUUGUUGAAGUGCAUCGUCACAACAUGGUUAUAAAUAAAUACUGCUUACUUCGUGUUGGGCAGGAUUCGGUUUCCUUUAUCGAACUCAGAAGUCACACACAACAGUCCCAGCCGCAGCCAUGCCUGUGCUAUCAGAAGCCGACGCCAGGGGUCACCAGAGACUGUUUACUAUCAGCCCAGAAAGUGCCGUCAUGGUCGUCGACGCUCUUCAUUACACGUGUAGCUUCAUCUGUGCGUUUCCUCUUCCUGUUCCGAUGAGUUAAACUCCAGGGCGACACUCACAUGAACGUGGGUUUAAGCACCACUGACGAUGCGUUCACGGAGUGCAGUGGAAAAUAAUUCGAGGGACGAGAACGUGCAAUGCCUGUUCAGAUGACAGGUACUGACCACUGCUGGCGCUAGGGACCUGGUGAGGUACUUGACUCGGUGUUAUGGCUGCUAAACAGAGGCUCAUGUUCGUUGAAUGUGACGCUGAACUGUAAUGGCGCACAGAAGUGGCCAAGCCCCGGUCCAUGUGUGUCACGGUUUGGGACUAGAACCCAGUGACGAACAUUCUGAUAGCCGACCCAAAAUGAGAGCUAGACGCGUGCUCGCCUCGUAUGCGCGUGCACAGAAACGUGAGCAAUUCGGUGACGUCAUUCGGCGUGAGGAUCAGUUGUAAAAUACAUAUUUAAAUUAAAGAGGACUUAGGGCUCGCGACAAGAGAAGACAGACAGGGGUGUCGACGAGUACCGCCGUCGGUGUUAUGGCGGGAAAGCGCGCAAAAGUUGCGACUGUAAGCGAGCGGUUUGGACCCGGAAGCGUCUUCUCUCUGUACACUGUGUUCCUGCAGCUCGCCUUGGCCCGCACGUGCUCAGCGGCUGAGGCCACGCCCACGCACGGCUGUGCUUUCACGUGAGGGGGGAGGAGGCGUGGGCACGUGUUGUGCCACGAGCGUCUGCUCGUUCGCCGUAGUGACACUUUUCCCACGAUCCUAACGCUACAAAUCCACUUCAAGUCCAUUUCUAGUCGAGCUCAUCUGCUCAGAGUCGCGCUGAGACAGUUUAUUCCGCAUCGAGCAUUAUUUUAACGUUUUUUUUUAUUUAUUUUCCAAUUAAACGUUUCAUUUGUUUUCAUUAGGUUCCUAUCACAGAGUAUAUUAAUGAGAUUUUGAAAAGUUCCACUCGUGUUUUUACUGCACCCACGGGCAAUGUCAAACAGAUAAUCACGUGAUCGCGAGAUACAGCCAAUACGCGUUUACUAUAAGCUGAGUGGGCGGGGCGAGUGCGAGCACGGGGAACACAAAGGAGAUUUGUCGCUUCAACAUCGGGUUUAUCGAGAAGAGAGCUGAAGAAACCACCGCUUUAGUUGGUGUUUGGACUUACUGCGUGGAGAAGGCGACCUCUGGAUCAUGUCAGGCGAAGCUGCGGUGACAGUUGCUCGUCAGCCCGGUGUCAUCGUCGCCCCAGCGGCUCCGCAGAAGUCUCUCCCGUUCGCAAUGAAGAAGAUCAUGGAUAUCCCUCCCCCGAACAUCCUGGAGGAAGGCGGCGACGAAAUAGAGAAGGAGAAGCUGUGCUCCACUGAAGAGGGCGAUGGAGCCGGAGCAACCAGCGGUGGAGGGGCUUCCAGGGGAGGCGGUGGUGGCGGUGGAUCAGCUGGUGGUGGCGUGUCAGCCUCCCUGACUCCAGCCAUAUGGGAGAAAACCAUCCCAUACGACGGGGAGACCUUCCACCUGGAGUACAUGGAUCUGGACGAGUUCCUGCUGGAGAACGGGAUCCCAGUCAGCCUGGAGGAAGAGGAGCUGCAGAAGACGCUCACACCAGUGGACGUCAAAGGCAAGGUGGUCCCGAAGGCUACGUCCACAGCGGCUGCUGCUGCCGCCGUGUCCUCCCCCCCCUCCACCUGCGGAGUCAAGCCCGACCCAGAGGAGGCAGUGACCGUCACCACGCUGCAGCCAGCCAAGCUGGACGUGGAUGAGGAGGAGGAGGAGGAGGAGGAGGAGGAAGAGGAGGCCGUGGAAGAGGAGGAGGUGGCAGAGUACGAGGAGGAGGCAGAAGAAGAGCCGGAAAAGGUCCCACCUGUCGUGGUGAAAGUCAAGCAAGAAAGAAACAAGAGAGACCGGAACACCCCCUCCCCAGUUGACCCGGAAGCCAUCGAGGUGGACGUGAACUUCCAGCCCGACCCGACCGACCUGGUCCUCUCCAGUGUGCCCGGCGGAGAGCUCUUCAACCCCCGCAAGCACAAGUUCUCGGACGAGGAUCUCAAGCCACAGCCCAUGAUCAAGAAGGCCAAGAAGGUGUUUGUCCCGGACGAGCAGAAGGAUGAGAAGUACUGGUCCCGGAGGAAAAAGAACAACCUGGCGGCCAAGCGCUCCCGCGACGCCCGGCGCCUGAAGGAGAACCAGAUCACGGUGCGCGCCUCCUUCCUGGAGAGGGAGAACGCGGCGCUGCGGCAGCAGGUGGCCGAGAUGCGCAAGGACUGCAGCCGCUGCAAGAGCAUCCUGGCCCGCUACGAGGCCAAGUACGGCCCGCUGUAAGGAGCUGGAGACCCCUGAGACAGAACUUCCUUCCCCGCAGAAUUCAACACAGACAUGAACACCAAGGGAAAUUCAAUUUGCACUGUUGUCGACCUGCAGUCACGGUGUCGGGCUCUGGUCGGUCAUCUGACGGCGGCGCCGCGGCCACACACUGGCAGGCGACGAGGCGGACCAGGAGCGGAGGUCACAGAAAGGUCUGUGGAGAGCGCCUGGCUCCUGCACCAUGAGAGGGAGAGGGGACAACACUCCCAAAACACACAUGGAAACAUAGGCUUUCAGAGAGGGUGGAGGAGCGGCGGAGCAGGGCGCCAGGGGAGCGCCUCAGUCACUUCCAGUCAUCCAACACUUCUUCUUCUUCUUCUUUGUGGACCAAAGCAUGAGCCGUCUGCCCCUCACUUCUCCUUGUGUUGCACUUUUCUUUGUGUCCUUCAAAGGUCCCCCAAAAGAGGCUGAGAGUCAGCAGAAGGGUGCAGACGAGCCGAGCUCAGCCCAGCUCUUCCCUGUACAGUCCCGCACCACCUCCACUGUGUGUGUGUGUGUGUGUGUGAACCCCUGUGUAACUAGACUUUGCACUUUCCUCUAAUAAAAAAAGUUGGAGCAGGUGGCGCCAGCACCGAGCUGUAGCUUAGAAACGCAUAAAAAAACAGCAUGACCUCAAGUUUCAUCAGCCAAACUCACUCAUCAAUGUAAAACUUGGAUGUUGGCGGCGUCCCUGGUGGCGGCGGUAGGUGUAGGGAGGUUUAUUUUACUGCAAGUAGGGGGCGCUAGAGUGACUGCCCGAGCGAUGGCUUUUAUUUCUCUUGCAGAGCCAGAGGCGACUGCAUUCACUGUAAAUACAGGGUCUGGGUGUCCUGCGACAGGGACCGUGUGUAAGGACGCGUCUGUUGGGACUCAGCCUCGGUGGGGGGAGGCGGGUCCACUUACCUCAUCCGGCCCGCGGUCUGGAGGAUGGACACGCCGGCGGGGACAGGACCUGGCCUGGGGUCACGCCCCGGUCGUACACGUCUGUCUCAGUCAAACCUCUGGAGACUGUUAAGAGUUCAAGUGUCUUGGGGACAGAACCCACGUGGCAAUAACAAAGCUCUGCCCUGUCAUCGCACCAUUUCCGCCACCUUUGUGGACUUUGCAAUGACGUGCUUCGUAGAAAGUCAUCUGUGCUUCCAGUUUUGGGUCCCCUGUAGUCCGGGUCCAGAUGCAUGAAACCCAGUGUCUCUUUUCUCUCCAAUAUUUCACACCAAGUGUACUUACGUCUGUGAACCAUCACUCAGAAGUUCUUCAUGGACGGACACGGCGGCUUCUGAUCACUGUGUGGAUUCUGUUCUACUGAUCCAUCUAUGUACAGACACACUGGAUCACCUGGUGCUCUCAUGGUUCUUUUCCUUUCCUGAUGGUGUAGAAUCAUCAACCUGAAACCAGAGGGCGAGCAGCCUCGGUUUUCGAGUGCCACUCACCUGAUCACUGAAACAACAAGGUUGUUUCACUUGAUUCAAUUACAGAUUAAAGGUCUGAAAAGAAGAAAUUCAAACAAAUAUAUAUGUAUAUAUUAUUGAAAAGAAAAGACUGUCCCCCUCUGUUGGAGCCAAUGAGGUUCAUGUGUUCACCACGUGGCAUGAAUAACUGACGGUGACCUGUACUUGUUGAUCGCAAAAGAGCCCUAUUUUAAUGUGUCAUAUCAGAGUCUAAAGUGAAAACUGAACACAAUAAUAUGCAAAAAGAUCAUAUUUAUUAAAUUAUAAACAUCUGCAACUGGAUCAGUCUACUAGUUUUUUAAUGUUCUAUAUUUCCAUGACAUAACUUCAAGAUGAUUUUUAUAUUUUUAAGGAUAUUUCCAGAUCAUAUAAGAACAAAGCGUCUAUUUUAGAUCCAAUAGCCUCAAAUCUUAUGAUGCCAUUAUGUUUCACUUACAACAGACUAUAAAAAUAUGCGUCAAUAACAUGCUAAAUAUGACAUUUGAAAAGACUUGACUUGGGAGCGAUGCAAAUGGUUCUGGUUUGUUUUCCGACUCUUGUCACUGAGGGUUUUGGCUCAGUAGUCGCUCCAAACCAUGGGCUUUGCUUCUUUGAUUUCAGCUCUGUAUGUCUUUAAUACGACUUGCCUUUGAUCAGAAUUGAGUCUGACUAACGCGUCAGGAAAGUUGUGGGUACAAAUCUGCCGUUUUGAGGCGACAGGUGCCAUUUUACUGCGCGAGGCCACUUGUAAAUGAGCUGCUCCGGCACGCGACACCUGCCGCCGGGCCACAUCACUCUGUCCUUGUUUGCUAUUUGAAGUAGCUCUAAUAUUUAAACAUCUCCUAAUGGUGACAUUUAAGAGUUUGUUUUGUGGUGUUUUUGUGUUACUUUUUAUAUAAACCUAUACUUCUGUUCGGUGUUUGGUAUCGUGUGGCAGGAGCAACUGCAGCACCAUGUCCUAACUGUAUCUUGUAUCAUGCAAAUGAAAUAAAGUGGGAUUUGCUGA